AUGCUGCUGCCCAUCGUGCUCUACCUCAGCUUGGUCCCUGUGUGUUUUGGAGCUGCAAUUCCUGUUUCUUGUGGUUCCAUCUACAAAAGUUUUGCUCAGUGUUUAGUCACACUUGGGGACAGUUUGGAGGAGACACAAAAAGACCCGAGCACACAGGACAUCAAUGCGAUCUGCAGGUCCUGGAAUGCAUUCCAUGCUUGUGCCAAUGCAGCUGUGGCUGGCUGCCCUGGAGAGGCAGCAGAUGUCUGGGAAUCUCUAAGACAAGAGUCCAGGAAGACGCAGUUUUCUGGAAACCUCUACAACUUGUGUGCCAGCCGCACUACCCUUUCACCCAACACCGUGCCUGUGCCAAAGGACCCCCCCACCUCUGACCAGACCAACCAGGAAACACUGAAAGGGCAAACAUACAAGCUCAGCCCCACCCUGACCGCACUGUUCCCAGUAUUCAGCACACUGCUAGUUCUGCUGAGGAGUUAGCUGGUUAAUCAGUCAAUGAAAUGAG